AUGGCUCCGUGGCUACUAUCGGCGGCUGUGACUCUGUUGCAGCUGUUGCCUGAGACAGCAGUCGCUCAGGAGGUUGCUUCACCCUUCACAAAGGCUUCCAAUGAUUCGCUUCUUUGGGGUCCUUACCGUCCAAACUUGUACUUUGGUGUGAGGCCGAGACUGCCAAAGAGUGUACUUACCGGCUUGUUGUGGGCUAAGGUCGAGGAUUUUGCUUCUGUCCAGAACAACUUCCGAUACACAUGCGAGCAACACGAGGGCAUGGCCGGCUACGGCUGGGAUGCAUACGACCCGAGAACUGGUGGUUCGCAAACCAUUCACGAUGCUGGAAACCAGAUUGAUGUCACCACCGACUUUGUCAAGUUCCCCGACCAUGGCUCUAACGGAGGUUCCUGGGGUGCAAGAAUCAGAGGUGUUCCAAGAGAAGAUGCUUCAGACGACCUGAAGACAACCAUGGUCUUCAACGUUGCUGUCGAAGGUUUGGGAAGCUUGGUCGUUGACAACGCAGAAGACGACGAAAACGAAAAUGGCUUCGACGGAGACGUUGUGAUAACUGGAGAGACUCCUGAGUUGGGUACCUUCACUGUCACGAUCGUUGAUCGCAAAGGAGAGAAACCCAACCAUGUCCACCCUUCGUUCCAGGAGAAGCCUAUCGACAAGACUCUGGUCCACAGUGUGCAGAUUCCUGAGGCUGCUUUGUGGCAGGCUAAGCGUAUGUUGUACUCAUCGUGCUAUCCUGUCUCGACACUAACGUUUGAGCAGCCNGUUCUGUUCUCCUCGAUGAAGACCAGCCUCGACAAGUAUAUCGAGACAUACACAGCUGAAGCCAUGCCUCCCCCGAUGCAAGCUUUCACCAUUCCCAAUGCACCCGGUGCUGGCAACAUGCAUUUCGUGCAGAAGGUCUUCGAAGGCGCAUUCGAAUUCGAUGUCAUAUUCUCCUCUGGUUCCGCUCCCCAGCCUAUCAAGUCAACAGACCUGUCUGAGAAGAUCGAGACAACCAUCAAAUCCUUCUCCGAGCGCUUCAUCCAAUCUUUCAAGCCACACCAACCUUUCACCGACAAGAAAUACACUGGUCUGGCCAAGUCGCUCUUCUCAAACCUGAUCGGAGGUAUCGGUUACUUCCACGGAGACUCAGUUGUUGACCGCUCGUAUGCACCCGAGUACGAGGAGGAGAAUGAAGGUUUCUGGCAAGAGACUGCAGAAGCAAGAGCAAGGAACCAACAGAAAUUGGAGGGUCCCUACGAGCUCUUCACUGGUACUCCUUCCAGACCCUUCUUCCCUCGUGGUUUCUUGUGGGAUGAGGGUUUCCACUUGCUUCCCGUCAUUGACUGGGAUGUGGAUCUCACUCUGCAGAUCAUCAAGAGUUGGUUCAAUCUGAUGGAUGACGAUGGCUGGAUUGGCCGUGAACAGAUUCUUGGACCUGAGGCUCGCAGCAAGGUGCCCCAGGAGUUCCAGACUCAAUAUCCUCACUACGCCAAUCCUCCUACUCUCUUCUUCGUCAUUCACUCUUUCCUUGACAAGAUUGCUGCUGCAAAGUCUGGCCAGCAGAUUCUCGGCUCGGAGAAUGCUAACGGCGUUCUCGCUAACCCUGACGCUGCUCUGCAAUACCUUCGUGAUCUUUACCCCCUUCUCAAGAAGCAUUACGAGUGGUUCCGCAAGACUCAAGCUGGUGAUCUCAAGUCAUACGACCGUCCUGCUUUCUCGAAGAAGGAGGGCUACCGUUGGAGAGGAAGCACGAAGACUCACCUUCUGACUUCCGGACUCGACGACUACCCUCGUCCUCAACCUCCUCACCCUGGCGAGCUGCACGUCGAUUUGAUGUCAUGGAUGGGUAUGAUGACCCGCGCCAUGAAACGCAUUGCGACAACUCUUGCCGAGGCCGACGACGCAUCAACCUACGCGAAGAUCGAGAAUGCCAUCAUCCGCAACCUUGACGACCUGCACUGGUCUACCGAAGAGCAAGCAUACUGCGAUGCUACAGUCGAUGAGUACGAAGAGCACGCUCUUGUCUGUCACAAGGGCUACAUUUCCCUCUCACCAUUCUUCGCCGGUCUACUGGCGCCAGACCACCCUCACCUAGGCGAAGUCCUCGACCUCAUCAGCUCACCCGAGCAUCUCUGGUCACCUCACGGCAUUCGCUCCUUGUCACAGCAAGACGCUCUUUACGGUACAGAAGAGAACUACUGGCGCUCGCCCGUUUGGAUGCCCAUCAACUACCUCGUUGUCAAGGAGCUCCUCAGCACAGCUUCUGCUGCCGGGCCUCACCAGAAGCGUGCCGCCAAGAUGUACACCGAGUUGCGCAAGAACCUUGUGGACACAGUGUUCAAGUCAUGGGAGAAGACUGGAUUUGCUUGGGAGCAAUACAACCCAGAGACUGGAGAGGGACAACGCACCCAGCACUUUACUGGUUGGACAAGUCUCGUCGUUAAGAUCAUGGCUAUGCCUGAGGUACCAAGUGUCAAGGGAGGAAGUGGACAUGAUGAGCUGUAG